UCUCUUUAAAAAAGCUGAAGAACUGCUGAAGUAUUGUUUCAUUGAAUAUAUUAUGUCAACCACAGUGGAAUUCGAAUAUCAAAUGAUAAAUAGAACAUUUGGUACUGACGUGCCGCGAUAUGAAGAGCUGGAAAAGAAUGUUCAGUUGUUAUUUUUAAAUGAACAUCCAAUUUGGGCGGAUAAUCAUCCCGUACCACCUAACAUUGUUUAUAUUGGAGGUAUACAUCAAAGCACAGAACGAGCAUUACCAGAGGAAUUUCAAACUAUUUUGGAUUCAUCGAAGAAUGGGGUAAUAUACAUUAGUUUUGGUUCUAACAUCAAAGCUUCCUUACUUCCACCGGAGAAGAUUGCUGUAAUGACAAAGGUUUUGUCUCAAUUACCUUAUGACGUAUUAUGGAAGUGGGAAAGAGACGAGCUACCAGGAAGAUCAAGCAAUAUAAAAAUUUACAAAUGGUUCCCGCAAGUUGAUCUUUUGAAACAUCCGAACGUCAAGCUAUUUAUAACUCAAGGAGGCAUCCAAUCAGCUGACGAAACGAUCAAUGCUGCUGUUCCUGUUAUCGGUAUACCAAUGAUUGCUGAUCAAUGGUACAAUGUUGAGAAAUUCGUAAGACAUGGAGUUGGUUUAAAAAUAGAUCUAUCUGAACUAACUGAGACAAAAUUCGAGAACUCCGUGAGGAGAGUUAUUGAAGACAAAAGUUUCAAGAAAAAUAUGAUAAGACUUCGUUCGCUUAUGAGAGAGCACCCAGUUUCGCCAGUAGACCUUGCUGUGUGGUGGGUGGAGCAUAUUCUUCGGUAUGGUGGUCACCACCUGCGUUCCCCAGCAGCAGGACUAACCUGGAAAGAGUAUUAUGAAGUGCCUUUAGUCCUUACUAUUUUAGGUGUAUGUUUGAGUGUGGUUGUAGUUAUAAUUUUACUGAUGAAUGAGAGAGAAUGA